CUCAAGAGAUCUAGCUAGCACGCACUGCAACGCAAACUGAGUUUGGCAGGACUGCGAUUUGUGCUUCUUCUAGCCAUCUCGUUACGCCCAGUGCACUUAAGACAGCUAUCUAGCCCUUCCAAUAGACCCAGUUGAAAAGAUGCAGCGCACUCUGCCUUCUGGUCGCGUCCAUCAGCAGCAGCGGGCUGGCCCUGCUCGCCGCGCCGUGCCUUUCACCACCGCUCGCCCUCUGUCGAGCGUUGCGUGUAACGCGGCUCCUGCGGCCAACGGCAACGGUGUGCAUGCCAAUGGAAAUGCCGCUUCGCACGGAAAGUGCCCGACGCCCGCCCAGACCGUCAGGACGCUCAUAGACAUUGUGAAUGAGGGCACACUCUGCACCGUUGGCCCGAACGGCCUCCCGGUCGGCCUGCCCGUCACAUUCAGCAUGGACAAGUCCGGAAAGCUGCAGCUCCAGAUGGAUGCUGCGGCCGUAGAGAUGUCCAACCUCAAGUCCGGAGUGAACUCCUGCAGCCUGAUGGUGCAGGCGGCCACGCAGCCCGCGCGCGCGGUCGGCGCGGUGUCGCUCAUGGGCAAGGUGGAGGCGUCCGCCGAUGGCUCGCUGCCGCUCUCCAUCGACAGCUGCCUCUACUUCGGCGGCCUUGACCAGGGCAGCCGCGGUCUGCAGGUCAGCGGCGAGGACGUGGCGGCGGCCGAGCCCGACGUGCUGCGCAAGGCGGCGCCCGAGCUGGUGGCGGCGUGGAACAACGAGCGCGCUGAGGACAUCUACCGCAUCGUGAGCGACUUCAUGGGCGUGCCGCUCACAGAGAUGUCUUACGCCGAGCUGAUGUGGGUGGACCAGCUGGGCAUGUACAUCAACACGGAGGUGGCGGGCCGCGAGGCGCCCGAGGUGGUGCGCGUGCCCUUCUACCGCCCCGUGCUCGAUGAGCGGGACGCGCGCUCCGUCAUCACCAUGGCCUCCCAAAUCGCCUGGGAGCGCGAGCGCUCCUACAACCCGCCGCUGCCGUCCAUCUUCAUGGAUGCCGCCGCCAACAACUAAGUAGACUGAUGGAGGCGGCAGUUGAGGGAGGCGGCUGAGCGGAGGAGAGGAGGCUGCUGAGGGCGGCGGCUGAGUGGAGGAGAGGAGGAGAGGUGGCGAGCGUGUGGCGUGUGGCGUGGACAGGAGGGAAGGGAGGGCUGGACGCAAGUGUGUGUGAGUUUGUCCACGUUCAGUCACCUGUUUGGUUGUCCUGUGCUGGCGGUGCUUGUACUUGACAGCGGGACGUGGCUGGACGCAUGGCGGGCGGUGCCUGUACAAACCGACCCCGGUUAUGUCAGGGAGGUGAGGUAGACGCUUACGGCCCCAGACUAGAGACGUGGCGUGGGCCCAGCCCCCACUGUUCUCUUGCGAGGGAAAACCACCUUUCUUGUCAGUGUGUAUGUGUGGGGGGAGGGGCAUUGGGUUGGGAGCUGGUGAGCAUUUGUGAAUUGUGUGACGUUGUAGCUCUCACCGGGGUUGCCUACUUGUGACACCUGGGAAGAGGUGUCGAGGCUACCAUAACUUGUUCUGGCGACGGCUUUGAACGGCGUCACUCAAUAAUGCGAUGGAAGAGGGCCGGACAGAAUCCGAGGCGGGGACUGCGAGUGCAAAAGGAAUGUGCGCUGCACCAGUUUGUGCUGGGGUGGCGAGGGUGGCGGUGACGAAAGGCUUGGCGCUCAGGUGACUGACCAUACAUACGGAAGGUUACAGACAGAGAAGAUAAUAUCACAAACUGGAUGUCAGUCCGGGACAAAGAGUGGCGUGUGCACACCCUGGCGACGGGAGCCACUCCCUGUAACAAUCUUUAUAU